UUUUAUUUAAACUUUAGUGGGUUAUUGAUGUGGAAAUAGAAGAUAUUUCGGUGAAUGAGAGAAGGCCAAUGGCUCUGUUCUACAGAUAGAGAUGGUAAAUGGAUCGAUUGAUUCUCUCUCCUCAAUCUCUCUCCUCCCCCUCUCUCCUCCGAAGGCAGCUGAAUCUGGAACAGACCCACCAACUCCAUGCCCGUUUCAUCAAAACCCAAUUCCAUGGCGGAAACUUGAGCCCCGAAGCAAAGUUCAAUUUCCUCAUUUCCUCUUACACCUCCAACCAAUUCCCACAUCUUGCUUUCCACUUGUACCUCCACCUGCGUCGAACCGAUAGCGAUACCCGACUUGAUAAUUUCAUCGUUCCUUCGCUUCUCAAAGCAUGUGCCCAAGCUUCCUGUCGGACUUUGGGGAAGGAACUGCACGGUUUCGCGAUUAAGAGUGGAUUCGGUGAAUGUGUUUUUGUAUGCAAUGCUUUGAUGAACAUGUACGAGAGAUGUGGAAGCUUGAUUUCUGCUCGCUUGGUGUUUGAUAAAAUACCUCACAGAGAUGCUGUGUCCUGGAGUACAAUGCUCAGGUGCUAUGUGCGGAGCAAAUUGUACGGGGAAGCUUUUAGACUUGUACGAGAGAUGCAUAUUGUGGGAGUGAAGCUUAGCGAUGUUGCCAUGAUUAGCAUGAUCGAUGUUUUCGGGGAGCUCUCGGAUAUGAAGUCGGGGAAGGCAAUGCAUGGUUAUAUCAUAAGAAAUGUAAGUGACAAGGAAAUGGAAGUUCCUAUGAGAACUGCAUUGAUUGAUAUGUAUGGCAAAUGUGAAUGUUUGGCCUCAGCACAGAGGCUUUUUGACGGGUUAUCUCGAAAAAGUGUUGUUUCUUGGACGGCCAUGAUAGCGAGUUGCAUUCACUGUCACGAGAUAGAAGAAGGGGCAAAGAAUUUCAAAAGAAUGCGGGAAGAAGAAGUCUUUCCUAAUGAGAUUACAUUCCUCGGUUUGAUUUCAGAGUGUGGUUUUGUGGGAGCUCUGGAUUUAGGCAAAUGGCUUCAUGCCCAUCUACUAAGAAAUGGCUUUGAGAUGUCUCUUGCUUUGGCCACUGCCCUCAUUAAUAUGUAUGGGAAGUGCAGGCAAGUCAGACAUGCCAGAGCUCUGUUUGAUGGCGUUGAUGAAAAAGAUGUCAAGGUUUGGAGUGCUUUGAUAUCAGCUUAUGCACAAGUGAGUUGCAUCGAUCAAGCUUUCGACCUCUUCUUCGAGAUGUUGAGCAACAAAGUGAAACCAAACAAGGUGACAAUGGUUAGUCUUCUUUCUUUAUGUGCAGAAGCCGGAGCCCUUGACUAUGGCAAGUGGACUCAUGCCUACAUACACCGUCAUGGCCUUGAAGUCGAUAUCAUUCUAAAAACAGCUCUUAUCGACAUGUAUGCCAAAUGUGGAGACCUAAAAAUUGCACGUAGCUUGUUCGAUGAAGACGCACAACGAGAUAUCAGCAUGUGGAAUGCCAUGAUUGCAGGAUUCUCAAUGCAUGGUAGAGGAAAAGAAGCUUUAGAGCUCUUUUCAGAAAUGGAGAGCCAUGGUGUUGAACCAAAUGAUAUCACAUUCAUUUCCCUUUUUCAUGCUUGUAGUCAUUCUGGAAUGGUAGCAGAAGGCAAGAAGCAUUUCAGCAGAAUGGUUCAUUGCUAUGGAGUUGUUCCAAAGCUCGAGCACUACGGAUGCUUGGUGGAUCUUCUCGGUCGAGCUGGAUAUCUCACCGAAGCUCACACCAUCAUACAAAACAUGCCCAUGAAGCCAAACACAGUUAUAUGGGGCGCUCUGCUUGCUGCAUGCAAGCUACAUAAGAAUCUGGCCUUGGGGGAGGUGGCUGCAAGAAAUCUUCUUGAAUUGGACCCACAAAACUGUGGAUACAGUGUUCUUAGAUCAAACAUCUAUGCAUCAGCAAAGAGAUGGACUGAUGUAACAAGCAUUAGAGAAAAAAUGAACAAUUUAGGGAUGAAGAAAGAACCAGGACUCAGCUGGAUUGAAGUAAACGGUUCAGUUCACCACUUCAAAUCUGGUGAUAAGAAAUGUACAAAAACAAGAAAAGUCUAUGAAAUGGUGGGUGAAAUGUGCAUGAAAUUGAAAGAGGCAGGAUACGAACCGGACACGUCUGUCGUUUUGUUAAAUGUAGAAGAGGAAGAGAAGGAAUCUGCACUCAAUUAUCAUAGUGAGAAACUGGCCAUGGCAUUUGGACUCAUAAGUACAGCUCCCGGUACACCCAUCCGAAUUGUUAAGAAUCUGAGGAUCUGUAAUGAUUGCCACACUGCAACGAAGCUAUUAUCGAAAAUCUAUGGACGGACAAUAAUAGUCAGGGACCGAAACCGAUUUCACCACUUUAGUGAAGGAUAUUGUUCUUGUCUUGGCUAUUGGUAAAGAUAAGAUUCCAAAUCGUGGU